CUCCUAAAUAGAGUUCAUAUAUCUUGUAUUAAAAUGAGGUUAGUGAUUUUGGUUAUCUUCCACUACCCUAACAUCUUGGUCUGAAAAUUGUCCAUAGAACAUCCCGUUCUUCCUGUAACUGCCCUUUUUGCUAACCAUCUUCUAGGUUCUCCCCCACCCUUUCCAUUCUCUCCCCAUUCCGACUUGUUCAUAACCAAGCUCCGCCCACAUUCCAAAGGGAAAUCUCCUGACGGUUGCUAUAGACAGAAUCCUUCUCCUCUAUCUAACAUGCAGCCUUCUUCCUAUCUUGCCUUGCACCCACAAGGAGCUUCCCUAUUGAGAAAGACAAGCAAGAGUGGAGUGGUCUAGUGAAUUAUUUCACUGAUCAAGGAAAAUGACUAGCAAUCUUGCCUGGCUACUGGUGCUGAUCUCAUGGAACGUGUUAUGUGAGAAUGCAGGUCAGAAACCACCACAGGGUUUUAGAUAUGCUUCUUAUGAAGUGAUCAUCCCAAGGAAACUGACUCCCCGAUAUGGAGAACAGGAAACUCAUGAUGUCACAUACCUGCUGCAGAUUGAGGGGAAGGGUCAUGUGGUGACACUCAGGAAAAAGAAGAGCGUUGUCCCUAAACACUUCACUGUCAUCACAUACAGUAAGGAUGGAGAGCUCCAGGUGGACUAUCCUUUCAUCAAAGAUGACUGCUUCUACCAUGGCUUUGUACAAGACAAGCCUUCCUCUAGGGUCACGCUCAGCACUUGCUCGGGGGGCCUCAGAGGUCUGCUUCACUUAGAAAAUUACACCUUUGAAAUUGAACCUGUUCAGGCACCUGGUACUUUUCAACAUGUGCUGUACAGAUUGGAGGGAAUCGAAGGUGCUGUUCGCAUGAGGUGUGGGUUAACAAAGGAAAAAGAAAGGCGCCAAGAGGCCAUGUUCCAAAACAAAAGGAAAGUAUUGACUGAAAGUGCUGCUAGAGGAGCCUGGUUGCCACACACCAGGUACCUAGAGGUUGCAAUCGUGAUAGAACAUGAACGAUAUGUCAGGUUUGACAGAAAUGAAAGUCGUGUUACUAGGCAAGUUAUGGAUAUCAUCCAUACUGCAAACUCACUGUAUGAGCCACUGUCUCUUGAGCUGUCUAUAGCUGGCUUGGAAAUAUGGACAGAAAAAAACCUCAUAGAAAUUGUUAACAGCAUAGAUGACACUCUUAGUAGUUUCACUCACUUUUUAAAAAGUUCACUAAGUAAACGUAUACAACUUGAUGCUGCUCACUUAUUUAUAUAUAAGAGGUUUGGAAGUACACUUGGAUUAGCGUACACAGGAUCAGUUUGUAACCCCCAUUGGGCAUCUGGUGUUGAAUCAUAUGUGACUCCCAGUUUGUUCCUUAUUUCUCACACAUUUUCCCAUGAAUUAGGACACAAUCUUGGAAUGGACCAUGAUGAAACAUACUGUACUUGUAAUCGAAGUUCUUGCGUAAUGGCUGCAUAUCAAACAAUCUCUGAUAAGUUUAGCAACUGUAGUUAUAAAGAAUAUUUCAACAGAAGAAACAAGCAGUGUUUGCUAAUUCCACCAGACUCCACUAAAAUAUAUAAAUUUGCAUACUGUGGAAAUGAAGUAGUGGAAGAUGGAGAGCAAUGUGAUUGUGGUUCACCUGAUCAAUGCAAGUUGGAUCCAUGUUGCCAGUCUAAUUGCAUGUUGAGUCCAGAAGCCACUUGUGCUUUUGGAGAGUGCUGUGUUGAGUGUCAGUAUCUUCCAGUUCAUAAGGUUUGCAGAGAACAGGUCAGCAGCUGUGAUCUCCCCGAGUACUGCAACGGGACUUCAGAAUGGUGUCCUGAAGAUGUUUAUGUACAAGAUGGUGCCCCGUGUAGUGAUGGGGCAUAUUGCUAUCAUGGGAAUUGCACAACUCACACUAGGCAGUGCAGAAUGAUCUUUGGCAACAAAGCAACCAGUGCAUCAAAGGAUUGCUUCAGUGAAAUGAAUGCUCGAGGUGAUCGCUUUGGCAACUGUGGGCUUAGACAUGACACUUAUAAGAAAUGUGAUACUCAGAACAUCUUCUGCGGCCGAAUCCAGUGUGAAAAUGUUGAUACAGUACCUUCUUUGGAGGAACACAGCACCAUAAUUAAUACGCCUCUUGGCAAUAGGCAUUGCUGGAGUACAGAUUACCAUGCUGGAAUAGACAUACCUGAUAUUGGAGCAGUGAGAGAUGGGACUCCUUGUGGCACAGAAAUGAUGUGUAUUAAUAGGGAGUGCAAGAAUGUGUCUCUCUUGAAAUAUGAUUGCAAUGUCACAAAGUGUCAUAAUCGAGGAAUAUGCAACACCUACAAACAUUGUCACUGUGAUGAUGGCUGGGCCCCUCCAGAUUGUCUAAACCAAGGUAAUGGUGGCAGCAUUGACAGUGGACCUCCUCCACCAGGGAACACUUCAAAACGUAACGUCAACAUGACAGGAAUUAUAGCAGCAAUUGUAUUUCUUGUUUCUACUAUUUUUGCUGUUUUGGUGCUGGGUAUUUAUUUCAGGAAGCGUCUGAGAGUGUGGUUUGUAUAAAAACCAGAAAAAACAUAUGAAGAAGGUGUAAAAGAGGAAGAAAAUCCUGUCCCAACUGAAUCAGAGAAUUGAACAAUACACUGAAUGUGUCAAAUAGAUGUGCAGGAAAUAAUGGACAGUAUUAUGCAGUGAUACAUUUAAGUUUCUAAAGUUUUUAAAGCCCUUCUUCAUUUGUCUACUAGGCACAAUAGGACAGAACUCUGUAAUGUGUUGAUGUUGUCUGCAGUCUCUAACUCUCAAAAGUAUCUCCCUUAAGCCUACUGGGGAAAAGAAUGUGGAGGAAUGCUAAAUACUUUCAGCAAAAGC